UAGCAGGAUAAAAAUUACACUUCUUCCUGAAAAGUAAUUCCACACAUCUCUCUGUGCCUAACAUAAUUCGCCUGGGUGCACAGUAAUGUAGUCAAUGUGAAAUCGACCGAUAUCUGGGCUUCAACUGUACAUUGUAUUCACACAUGAGAUGGGAAAUUGAUUAACUCUUGGUUUUAUAAGUGAAUACAACAGACGAGUUCUUUCACAUGGUGGAAUGAGAUUUAGGACAGUGGGGUGUAUGGAAUGUAGUCUGUCAAGAUAGUGAAGGGGCGCAACAAUUAUCUUGACACUAAUAUAAGAAUAAAACUUGUGCACUGUGGUAGAGUAUAAUUCCAUCAUGGGUAAAUUUUUGUUUUGAUAAAGUCUCACAGUGUUAUACAGUAAUGUUUACUGAUGGCGUUUUGAGCACAAUUUAUGAUUAUGAGCAAAUCAAGUCAUCUAACAUUGAGGAUUCCAUGAGUUUAAUACACAAAAACUGUCAGUCUUACACUCAAUCCCCUCACAUGUCGACUGAUCGCACUGGCAAGCAAAUGUGGAUCAAUAUGAUUCAGGUUAUUAGGAAAUUGUUCAGGAAAUCCCCAACAGUUUAGAGUCGGCAGAGAAGACUUCAAUCACACAGUCCAACGAAGGAUGACACAGACUUAUAAUAAUGUUAGUGAAUAGACACUAGUUGGUGAAAUUAGUAAAAAAAUGUUUUUUUUUUAAAAACUCGUGUUUCCCGUUAAUGUUGGCUUAUCAUUGAUGAUCAAUUCGUGAGUUUUGAUAACUUACUUUUUUACUUUUUCUUCUGAUUACAGCUUGACUCCACACCGUAUUUUUGUUACAAGUAUGGAAUUUUUAGCUUGUGAUGUCCGUAGCCCAAAUUUCGCAGGCCGACAAUAGAUAUCAGCUGUGUGUCGGCAGGUGAUCGAACCUCGGACCAUGUGCAUGGUCGGCGAGAGUCACAACCACUGUGACACCGACGCACAUUACAUCUAAAUGCAUGGACCACACCAUCUGUUGAUUUGCAGGAUGCUGCAUCAGAAUGUCAGCGCACAUCGCUAGCAAAAACUAGUAACAAAAACCAAAUAGGAAAGCUGAAUUGAAGAAAAUGUAGGAACCAAUAGCUUGAUCUCGGGAAAUAAUUCAUGCGAAUUAACUCACAAACCAAAGAAAUUUAUGAAUGAUUUUCUUUCUGCACAGUGAUAUGCAGAGAUAUUCAGUCACAAUUAUGUUGUCUUUCAAUUAUUUGUGAGGCGUGCAACCCACUUAAAAUUGGGCAUGAUAACGUAUUCAGAUGUUUACAAUGAGAUCUGACAUCUUUGUGAAACAAAAGAAUCUUGUCCAACUUGGCCUAUGGGAGUUUCGAAUCUCACAACAAUACACCUUAUCCAUCCUACUGAUCAUUUGAGAAAUUGACAUGUCGCCUAUCUGUUCUUUGAUGAAUUUCUUCUUCAAUAUGUUGCGUUAUCUCCUUAAAACUACUAUCCAAACGUCACAUUCUUCAUGUAUCCCUGUUAAGUUUUCAUGUUGUUGUCAUGUUAGGUAUGACAUUUCGGUGUGCAAAUCAUCGGAAAUGUUCCAUAUGCUUUUCAAAAUUGAUCUACAGUACCUAAUAUACAGUGAUCGGAAUUACCUAACACUCUUCUUGGUUGAGCUAGUUUUCUUUGAUUACGGUGACCUUGUAAAUGAAGAACAGUACAAAAUUAUUUAUGUUUAUAAUGAAAAUUAUAAUCACGCCACAUUCCUUCAAAAAGACAAGGGGUGAUAUUUUGAAAUAUUUCUAGAAAUCUUGAAGGUCUUACACGUGGCAAGUGUAAAUUAGCUGAAAUAUUCUGUUGAAUAGAUUUGUGUUUAGUUUCUCUGACCAUAACGGGAAGUAGAAUUAUUAAGCAGUGUGUACUACUCUUCAUUGUUCAAUGGAACAAUCCACAAUGAAAUUAUGUAUCUGCCAUUAUAUAUUGCUUUGCUUGAAUCGUAAACAUCAUAUGACUCAAUUUCUUCCUCUAAAAACAUAUUCAGAAUUUAUUCAGACAGAAAGAAAUUUAACUCAUAUUGCUGCAUAUUGUUCUUAAGAUAUAAAGUACAUGCUUCCGUUAUUACAUUUGCUUCAUUUUAUGUAUGAGGUGAAGGUAUCUGCCAAAAUAAUAAUUACAGAUUUGUGUUUGUACUACAGUUGCAGACAGAAUACCACGAAGAAUGAUUUGGCUUCCACAUAUAUCUCUGUGUCUGUUUAUUAUAUUAUUUCAGUGCUUAUUUGAGAUUUUAUUAAUUUGUCAAAAUUAUAAUUAUCGAUUGGUGUUUGGACUAAAAUCACAGGCGGAAUAGUAGCAAGGAUAAUUACACUUCUCUCUGAAAAGCAAUUCCACACAUCUCUCUGUGCCUAACAUAAUUCGCCUGGGUGCACAGUAAUGUAGUCAGUGUGAAAUCGACCGAUAUCUGGGCUUCAACUGUACAUUGUAUUCACACAUGAGAUGGGAAAUUGAUUAACUCUUGGUUUUAUAAGUGAAUACAACAGACGAGUUCUUUCACAUGGUGGAAUGAGAUUUAGGACAGUGGGGUGUAUGGAAUGUAGUCUGUCAAGAUAGUGAAGGGGCGCAACAAUUAUCUUGACACUAAUAUAAGAAUAAAACUUGUGCACUGUGGUAGAGUAUAAUUCCAUCAUGGGUAAAUUUUUGUUUUGAUAAAGUCUCACAGUGUUAUACAGUAAUGUUUACUGAUGGCGUUUUGAGCACAAUUUAUGAUUAUGAGCAAAUCAAGUCAUCUAACAUUGAGGAUUCCAUGAGUUUAAUACACAAAAACUGUCAGUCUUACACUCAAUCCCCUCACAUGUCGACUGAUCGCACUGGCAAGCAAAUGUGGAUCAAUAUGAUUCAGGUUAUUAGGAAAAUGUUCAGGAAAUCCACUGUUCUGUUGACCGAAAUUCUGUUUCGCCAACUUAUUGAUACAUACCAUUAUUUACCCAGUAUCAUGUCUCAAUUAUAAGUCAGGAAUUCAAAGCUAAUCAAGGUCUAAGCUUUUUCGCCAUGUUUGCGUGUUUAUCAUUGGAAGCGAAAUCUGAAGCCUUCUCAUGCCUAGAUAUUCUAUAUCCAUCGCAUUCGCAGUUCAUCUUGUCUGAAUUAUAAUGUUAUAAUCAUGUUAACCAUCUCUGGGUUUAGUAUUUAUUGUUCAUAAUGUCUAUCUUGGAUACUACUUUAUGACGAAUGUCUAUGUCAAAGUCUCUGAAGUCUCAAACCAAUUUCGGAAAAUAAAUUUUAUUUGAAAAAUCGGUAGUAUUUCCGAAGGAAGUGAUACUUUGUUGUGUUUGAUUUCCCCGCUUGUACUACUUUCUCCAAAUUUGUGAGUAAUGCAUGCGUUACAUUAAUAAUUAAGAUGGUUUAAUUUGAUUCCGGUGAAAAAAUUAUUUAUGCAUAUAAUGAAAAUUAUAAUCACGCCACAUUCCAUCAAAAAGAAAUGGAGUGAUAAUUAAGAAUAUUUUUAGAAAACUUGAAGGUCUUAUACGUGGCAAGUGCAAACUACCUGAAAUCUAUUGGUGAAAGGAGUAUAUAAAUACUUGUUUUUAUUUAUUAAACAAAUAUUGUACGGAAGAUGACGAAGAAUACGUUAUGCGUUCUGUUGUUCAUUAUUCAAGCGUUCACAAUAUUCUCCAAGCCAGGCGACGCAGUGAACGCUGACGACGGAGAGAAUCUCUAUGGAAUGGAAAAUAUCUAUUCAAGCGACUGCUAUAAAGAAGUGAUGAAAAAUAUUGUUGAGGAAGAAACAACACAAGAUGUGCCAGCCAUCAAAACUCCAGCAAGAGAAGAAGUCAAAGAAGAAACAACAACGCUCAUCAAAUUCGUUCCGAAUAAGUGCUUUAACAUAGCAUCGAAAUAUAUAAAUGACAAAAUAGAAGUACAGGAUAUGCAAACACCCAAAACUCCAGCAACAGAAGAAGUCAAAGAAGAAACAACAACGCUGAACAUCGAUGAGGGCGAGACGCUCUUUGGGGUGAAGAAUAUUUACCACAGCAGCUGCUUCACUAAAGAUGUGCCAGCCACCACAACUCCAGCAAGAGAAGAAGUCAAAGAAGAAACAACAACGCUGAACGUCGAUGAGGAAGAGGUGAUCUUUGGGGUGAAGAACAUUUAUCCUAGCAAGUGCUAUAAUAAAGAUGUGCCAGCCACCACAACUCCAGCAAGAGAAGAAGUCAAAGAAGAAACAACAACGCUGAACAUCGAUGAGGGCGAGACGCUCUUUGGGGUGAAGAAUAUUUACCACAGCAGCUGCUUCACUAAAGAUGUGCCAGCCAUCAAAACUCCAGCAAGAGAAGAAGUCAAAGAAGAAACAACAACGCUGAACGUCGAUGAGGAAGAGGUGAUCUUUGGGGUGAAGAACAUUUAUCCUAGCAAGUGCUAUAAUAAAGAUGUGCCAGCCAUCAAAACUCCAGCAAGAGAAGAAGUCAAAGAAGAAACAACAACGCUGAACGUCGAUGAGGAAGAGGUGAUCUUUGGGGUGAAGAACAUUUAUCCUAGCAAGUGCUAUAAUAAAGAUGUGCCAGCCACCACAACUCCAGCAAGAGAAGAAGUCAAAGAAGAAACAACAACGCUGAACAUCGAUGAGGGCGAGACGCUCUUUGGGGUGAAGAAUAUUUACCACAGCAGCUGCUUCACUAAAGCUGAAGUUUAGAAAUGUCUCUUGCCCAUUUUCGCCUUCAAAAUGUCGUUCUCCCAUUGUUUUUCACCGUGUUGAAUGAGAACUUCACUCUUUUGUAUCAUUACGCAAAAACUUUAUGAGCAUAUUUCCCAUUUAACUUUAAAUAUGUAAUGUCAAUUUCUAUAAUUUCGAAUUUUAUUAUUUAUGUCACAGCUAAUUAAUAAAUAAAAAUGUUGCACAAU